UCGUGUGUGUGUUCACAGCGAGAGGGAAAAUGUCGGCGCGCUGUCGAUGGGAUUUGCCGUGCCGCCAGUGAACAGUCCGUCCGUGACACGUUAGAACGAUUUUAUUGCGACUUCGGUGACCCUGACUGACCGAAAUUCGGCCCGUAAACCUCUAUACGGCACGGUCAAUUUACGUACCCUCGAUUCCGCUCGACCUUCGUGCGUGAGAGAAAGAGAAAGAGAGAGUAAAGGGAGUCAGCAUUGCCAGCAAGGAAGAGAAACGGAGAAAGGGUGAGAGAUAUUGGUAGGACGGUUAGGGAUCGAGCGAAAGACAUCGGGUGAGAGAGAAGGACGGAGGGCAGGUGCGAAAUCACCCUACCGUGUAGAGGUCCUCGUAUAAGGUAGCGCAAGGGAAGAGCGGAGUGUGGAGGUGAGAGAAAAGGCAUACGGAGGUGAGCAGUGACAUGGCGUCGUUGGCGAUAUCAAUAGCGAAGAGUGAAUUCAUCGUGGGUGGCAAGUAUAGGUUGAUGAGGAAGAUCGGUUCGGGCUCCUUCGGCGACAUUUACCUCGGCAUUAACAUCUCCAAUGGCGAGGAAGUUGCUGUUAAGUUGGAGAACAUGCGAGCUCGACAUCCACAACUUUUAUAUGAAUCAAAGUUAUACAAAAUAUUACACGGUGGUAUAGGAAUACCACACAUACGUUGGUACGGUCAAGAACGUGAGUAUAAUGUUCUUGUUAUGGAUCUUCUUGGACCAUCUCUGGAAGACCUUUUCACUUUCUGUUCAAGAAGGUUUACAAUCAAGACAGUUUUAAUGUUGGCAGAUCAGAUGAUUGGUAGGAUUGAGUAUGUUCAUUGCAAACACUUUAUCCACAGAGAUAUAAAACCAGAUAAUUUUUUAAUGGGAAUUGGGCGACAUUGUAACAAGUUAUUUCUCAUCGAUUUUGGUUUGGCUAAAAAGUAUAGGGAUAGUCGUACAAGACUGCAUAUAAUAUAUCGUGAAGAUAAAAAUUUAACGGGUACUGCGAGGUAUGCUUCUAUCAAUGCGCAUCUUGGAAUUGAACAAAGUCGUCGCGACGACAUGGAAUCACUCGGCUAUGUUCUUAUGUACUUCAAUCGGGGAUCGUUACCGUGGCAAGGUCUUAAAGCUGCGACGAAGAAGCAGAAAUAUGAAAAAAUUAGUGAGAAAAAAAUGUCUACACCAGUAGAAGUUUUAUGCAAGGGAUUUCCUGCCGAAUUUGCAAUGUAUUUAAAUUAUACGCGAGGUCUGCGCUUUGAAGAAAGCCCGGACUACAUGUAUUUACGCCAACUUUUCCGCAUACUUUUCCGUACAUUGAAUCAUCAAUAUGAUUACACAUUUGAUUGGACGAUGUUGAAGCAAAAGGCAGCAGGUAGUAAUAUUAGCGGUGGAGUAUCAACAGCUGGACCAGGUCUUUCUCAAGGUGCUCAAGGUGCUCAGGGGCAAGGACAAGGUCAAGGUCAGGCACCUACUCAGGCCACCGCUCAAUCAGGAGCACGCUAAGACUAUAACUCAUCAUUGUAGCAACAAUCUUAAUUGCGAUAACUAAAGUGUUUCAAACGAGGUACCGAAUUUCUUACAGAAUUUAUUAUUCAAAAAAUUAUCAGUCAACACUCUAAUUUCACGCAAAGAAAGAUUAUGAUGUAAACUACAAAACAAAUGUAUGUCUACAAAUGCCAACAUUCGUGUAUGUGCGACAAGAGGAGUGUAGUUGUAUUACACAUUUACUGAAUCAUAUGAGAUGUUGCAACAUUGACAACUUAAGAGUUUUGGCUGAUUGAACUUUUUGGAUUUUGAAAUCCGAGUGAGAGACUAGCCAGCCAGAAAGUUGCUUGUUCUUAUUUUGUUAUUACGUAUUUAAUUUACCGUUGGUAAUCAUUGAAAAUAAAGGUUUUGUUGCCCUGAGGAAGAUUGUAAGGAAGUAAAGAUAGACUGGGUUAUUUAAUUCGCAAAAAUGUGCAACUUUUAUGGAGAGAAAGAGAGGAUAUUUAGACCAUUCUCGGAUGCUCGCGUUAAUCUGCGAAGCGUAUGGUUUAAAAUUUUAUAUCUGUUCUACAAACAAGAAAGGAGAGAUUCAAAAAAUAUGUGAGUGUUUUGUGAGAGUAUGAGUACUACUGUGGCAAACUGAUAUUCUGCUUCCUAAAUUUUGUUUUGUCUUCAAUAUAUAAUGUGAUCAUAUUAGAGUAUGUAGAAUGUUGAGAAAGUGUUAAUAUUUUUCUUAUCAAGGAUGGUAUGUCAAUAGUAUCAAAAGUAUUCUACCGUUGCACAUACUUUUGGUACAUUUGACCAGAAUAAUUUUUUUUUAUAUAAAUGAACGAUUACGUCUCUCUCCGAUAUAAUAUUGACAAGUUAAAGUAAUAUUAAAGAUACCUUAAUGUUAAGGCAACACUCUAACUGUUAAGUAUGUACUGUGCUGUAUUGAGUAACGAGUACUCCAUCGAGAAA